AUGAAGGGGAUUCGCAGGGGUACUACUGAAGCUUCAUCAUCACGACCUAAUAGACAACGUCCCACGGCCUCAGCGAGGAGACAGAGAGCGGCUCCCCAAGAUCACAUUGAGGAUACUACAGAGGUUGAAGAUGUAGUUCCUACUGAUUAUAGUAAUGUUGACGCAGAGGUUGAAGAUGUAGCUACUGCUCAGGAUAGUAAUGUUGAGGUACAUGCCGAGCCUACUGAGCCAUCUCGAGUAGGUCCCAUUGAUCCAUCUUUACUUACGAGUUUUAAAACUCACAUAGCAGCUACAAUUUGGAAUAACCAGGAACGUGAGCCCCUUAGGUGCAUGUCGAAAACAUCUACCCUUCAUUGUGGUGUCUACAUUGUUGAGAGGUGGCAUCCCGAAACGAACACCUUUCACAUGCCUUUUGGUGAGAUGACCAUCACAUUGGAUGAUGUGUCAUCUAUUUUAGGCAUUCCUGUGUCUGGUGCAGCGGUUGCUCCUUUGGAGAUGAUGACGACACAAAUUUGA